AUGGGAAGUCGAUCCUGGUGUAAACCCAUCGGUGGGUUGCCGGGAGACGAAUUAACGGCUGGAAGACCAAGGCUUCUUUCGUGCCCAGCACACGCCAUUGGGACUCCACAGCGCGAGGAACGUUUGACACGUUGCUGCGAUGAGUUACCAGGGGAACCGCCGCCGGCGAUGGCCUUCCCAGGCGAUUCAGACGCGACUGGCAGGGGAAAGGAGUUGAUAGACUAUUUCAUGAGCAAUCCGAAGACCCAGAACAUUAGGAUCGAGCAACAAGACAGCGUGGAUUAUCCGGAAAUCACGGUGUGCCCCGGAACCACCUGGAAUUACACUGCGUUGAAGCUCUACAACCUGACCACAGAUUUCAUUUUUGGCAUCCAAUCUUUUGACUCGUUGGAAUUGUUAAACAUGACCUUUUCGGAAGCUCUGGAUUUCUUUACUUUGAAGGACUUUUUUGGCAUUGGAAAGGAGUUGAUAGACUAUUUCAUGAGCAAUCCGAAGACCCAGAACAUUAGGAUCGAGCAACAAGAGAGCGUGGAUUAUCCGGAAAUCACGGUGUGCCCCGGAACCACCUGGAAUUACACUGCGUUGAAGCUCUACAACCUGACCACAGAUUUCAUUUUUGGCAUCCAAUCUUUUGACUCGUUGGAAUUGUUAAACAUGACCUUUUCGGAAGCUCUGGAUUUCUUUACUUUGAAGGACUUUUUUGGCAUUGUGAGUUCCUGCGUCAUCCCAAGCUUUAGCUGGAGUGCAUUAAUCCCCACGGAUUGUUUUAAUGGUUUCGGCUGGAUCUCGGUCAAUGGCACAUGGUUAUACGAGACGGAGGCGGGACAAUGGAGAGAGACUCGAAUCCUGGAUUAUGCUCUUGGUUGGCCCCUGAAAGUUUGCUACACUUUUCAAGCUCAUAGGGUCUCGAUGAGGAUUCCCUCUACUUCUCCUGUCAUGGAACUCGUCUUGAAUUUCCAAGACUUCGAUCCCAAAGAUGACACCAGGGCAUUCUACGAGAUUCGCAUAGACUCGCAAGAAGACCCGUUCACCAUAGCGAGAAAUGUCAUAUCUUCUCCUGUCUGUAAAUGGGAGAGCUUCCCAUUGUCAAUGUACAACUCAAAUAAGGAGUUCAUGAUAUCAAAGAACGGAAGUCCUCCUUUCACGUUACCUCUACUCUACUACGAUUACCAGAAGUGCUUGGAAUCGGCUCUAACGGAGGAGUUCUUGAAGGAAGCCCCAUGUGUCCUGCCUUCAAUCCUACCAAACUCACCUGAUGCGAAGCCCCGGUGCAACACCUCUGAGGAGGAAAAGCGUGCCUUUGACCACUAUGGCAAAACGCAGUACUAUUUCAAUCCUGGAUGUCCGAGGAGAUGCAAGAGGGCGACGUAUUCUGUGACUCCAUUGCAGUUGAUGACAAAUAACUGGGUCUCAACCUACCUGACGGAUCGUAAAUCGCAAGUAGUCGGGAUCCAGUUCAACAUACCAACCGCCGAGGUGGAAACAGUGGAAGAGCAGGAGCUGACAUCGCUACCCCAGUUCCUCUCAGACUUCGGUGGGAUGGUCGGGCUCUAUCUGGGUUUCUCUAUUCUCGGUUUUUAUGAGUGCUUGGAAGCUCUCGUCGUUUGGAUCAAGUUCAGAUUCUUCAGUGGUCGAAGUCGACCUGCGAAAGGGCUGUUCGACUACUUCACGAGCAACCCAUUGGCCCAGAACAUACGUAUCGAAGGACGAGCCAGCGCGGAUUUUCCUGAAAUCACGGUGUGUCCCGGUGUCACGUGGAAUUACACCGCACUCAAGCUCCUUGGCCUGACCCUGGAUGAAGCUCAUUACUAUAUUUGGAGUGGUUCGGUUCAGAAGUACUUGAACAUGAGCUUCUUGGAAGCGCUGGAUUUCUUUUCGAUGAAAGACUUCACUAAAAUCGUUACCGACUGUACUAUCUAUCCCCAUAAAUGUUCUUUAUUUUAUGAUACUGAUUGGACCUGGAUAAACGGUAGUCGAGUGUACCAGACCGAUGCGGGAUACUGGAGAGAAUCGCGGAUCCUGAAUUCGCCCUAUGAUUGGCCAAUGAAAGUUUGCUACUCCUUCCAUGCUAAUUCGAUGCUUCGAAUGGCACUUCCUUCCACGUCCUCUGUCAUGGACCUCACCUUGAAUUUUAAAGACUUCGAUCCCGAGUAUAUUCUCAAGAGGUCCUUCGGAACCUUCUACGAGAUUCGCAUAGACUCGCAGGAGGAUCCGUUCACAGCAGUGAGGAAUGUCACAUCUUCGGGGCAGACUUUUUUCCUCUCGACUGGAAGCAGUUACAUGCUGAGUCUGUCCCUGACGUACUACAAUUUCUUGCCUUCUGGAGGGAAGUGCAAUGCUGAUGAGAACUACGACUAUCAAAAGGUAAUUGGGGAUAACCAUCUCAUCCUCCAGUUCCAAACCAUUUCUAGAGAGGUGAUCUCGCAUUUACGAAUCGAUGAUCCGCAGUGCUUGGAAACGGCACUAACGGAGAACUUCUUGAAGGAAGGCCCAUGUGCGAAGCCUUCAGUGUUACCAAGUACACAACACCUGGCAGACAUGAAGCCCCAGUGCAACACCUCCGAGGACGAAAAGAAUUUGUUCAACUACUACAACGAUGUGCAGCAUUCUUACGAUCCUGGGUGUUUGAGGAAAUGCAGGAGGACGACGUAUAAGGUGAUCCCAUUCCAAGAGGCAGCCCUUCCUCCUAACACGCAGGGAGGUGUGAUCAGGUUGAACACCCCAAUAGCAGAAGCGGAGAUACUGGAAGAGCAGGAGCUAACAUCGCUGGUCCAGUUUCUCUCCGACUUCGGAGGGAUGAUCGGGCUCUAUCUGGGAUUCUCACUUCUCACGGUCUACGAAUUCUUCGAAGCGGUCGUCGUUUGGGUCAAGCCCCGAUUCUUUAAUGCCCAAGCGGGACUCGUUCAUCCAUAA